CGUAUCUCUGAUCAAACAUAAUCACUAUAAUCAUACACUUUGACGAUUUUUUCUAAAUUAAUACUUUGCAGUAUAUCAGUGUCCCAAACUUCGGAUUUCGACAUUUGGUUACCAAGUAUAAAACUGUAGCGGACUGCGUGGCGGUUUCCGGUGUCCGUUUGAGGAUGGCGUUUGGGUCCAAUCGCAUCUCUGCCAUCGCUAAUCUUCGAGGGCCAAAGAAUCUCGAAGGUUGCCGACUCCCGUGUUGAGAAGGGAUCAAAAUCCACACCUAGUCUCUCUAUGCUACAACACAUAUUUUAAGGGACGUUUGUAAUCCGGGAUAUAACAAUCAAUUCCUGACAAUCAUAACAUUGCAUCCUCCGAUAGAACGACAGAACCUGAGUGGAAGCUGAAUCCUUACAUGCGUAGUGGAAGGAUGACGGAGGCGUGGCAGCAACAGCAGCAUGCAGUGGCUCCACCCUCCGUGGUGCACACCCUUCCCCAGUCUUCAGACAACCCUCUGGGCUGUGCUGUUUAUGGAGUAGUCCUGCAGCCAGACUCGUCCCUACAGCAGCCUCAGCAUAGCCAGCAUGGGCAGCAGCACGCCGUGCCAGCCCAGCAGCCCUCCUUACAGGUGGGGGGCGAGAGAGGGCACAAGUGUGGCGCCUGCGGCCAUGAUAUCUCUCACCUGGCCAACCCACAUGAGCACCAGUGCAUGGUGAGCCAAGACAGGUCCUUCCAGUGCACUCAGUGUAUGAAGAUUUUCAGCCAGGCGACAGAUCUGCUGGAGCACCAGUGUGUACAGGUGGAACAGAAGCCGUUUGUGUGUGGUGUGUGCAAGAUGGGCUUCUCCCUGCUCACCUCUCUGGCACAGCACCACAACUCUCAUGGCAACGGCAACAAUCCAAUGAAAUGUUCAAUCUGUGAGAAGACCUACCGUCCGGGCUCUGGGAACGUCACGCCUACCUCCUCUGCUGCAAACCCUCAGCAGCCCUCAACUGGGGAGACGUCCGCCAGCGGCGCGGCCAUCAGCGCCUCGUCCCCCCCAGCGUUUGAGGCCUCUGCACCUGACCGGCCCUACAAGUGCUCGGUGUGCCACAAGGCGUUUCGGCAUCUGUCUGAGCUGACCCGUCACGAAAGGGUGCACACCGGCGAGAAGCCGUACAAAUGUGACACGUGUGAUAAAAGUUUCAGCCAGUCGUCUCACCUGGCCCACCACCAGCGCACCCACAGCUCUGAGCGGCCGUACAAGUGUGCCGUCUGCGAGAAGAGCUUCAAGCACCGCUCGCACCUCGUGCGCCACAUGUACGCCCAUUCUGGCGAGCACCUGUUCAAGUGCAACUUGUGCGAGAUGCACUUUAAGGAGUCGUCGGAGCUCCUGCACCACCAGUGCCAGCCCAUAGGCGAGAGGCCCUUCCGCUGUGGCUCAUGUGGUAAGAGUUUCAAGCGCCCCUCCGACCUGCGGCAGCACGAGCGCACACACUCCGAGGAGCGCCCCUUCCAGUGCGAGGAGUGCCAGAUGAGCUUCAAGCAGCAGUACGCCCUGGUGCGCCACCGGCGCACUCACAAGAACCCCGCCGACCGCCCCUUCAAGUGCAACCUGUGCGACAAGGGCUUCCUGCAGCCCUCCCACCUGCUCUACCACCAGCAGGUCCACGGCAUGGAGAGUCUAUUUAAGUGUGCGUCCUGCCAGAAGUCUUUCAGCCAAUCGGGAGAGCUGCUGAGGCACAAGUGUGGUGGGGAGGUGGAGAAGCCGUACAAGUGCGACGUGUGCGGCAAGGGCUACAAGAAGAACUCCACGCUGCAGCGGCACCAGAAUUCCCACUGUACCGAGAAGCCCCUGAAGUGCUCCCUGUGCGACCGGCGCUUUGUCUCGUCCUCCGAGUUCGUCCAGCACCGCUGCGACCCCACCCGCGAGAAGCCCCUGAAGUGCCCCGACUGCGAGAAGCGCUUCAAGUACUCGUCGGAGCUGCAGCGCCACCGCCGCGUCCACACCGGCGAGAAACCCUUCAAGUGCGCCAGCUGUGACAAGAGCUUCAAGCAGCGCGAGCACCUGGCCAAGCACCAGAGCGUGCACUCGCGGGAGACCCAGUUCAAAUGUGUGUGGUGCGGCGAGCGCUUUGUCGACCUGACGGCCCUGCAGGAGCACACGGUGCAGCACACGGCCGAGGGGGAUAGCUUUCCCGCUCCUCCCUGCAUCCCAUGAUGAUUCCAAGACGUGAGGCGCUGCGUCCGGGCCCCUCGGUUACGAUGUGCAGUGUUACCCUUGAGGCGCAGUGGGCUUUCGUCUGCCACCACAUUCAUAGUCUUUCAUAUAACCUGCACCUGUUUUUUGAAUUUAGUAUUUAUUGUAACAUUUUAAUGUUUAAAGAUUAGGUCCGUCCCACAGUUAAAAUAAGAAAAAAAAUGCCACAAGCCCUAGAUCCACGGGGAAUAUUAUUGACAUCAUAGCCCUCCCCAGU